UAUCAGGGCAGGAUCGUGCGCAUAGUCUGCAUUCGGGCGCAGCUCCUCGCCUCUCUCCCCCUGUCGCCCGUGGCAGGCACACACACACACACACACACACACACCUCCAGCCACGAAGACCCCCCAUCUACAGAUCAUGGAUUUUACAACCUGAUGAUCCUCCUCUCAGUCGCCUGAUCGCGGGGAAUAGCAGCAGCAGUCGGCGGUUCCCGACAGGACGAGCUGGUGGAUCGCCACACUGCAGUGCAGCAGCGGAGAGCGACCCCUUGUUCCAAUCACGCCACAGCAGGAAGAGCGCCGGUGAUUUCCGUGGAUUUCGGAGUUUCGUGGGCAGCUCCGUGGCGAGUCACCGCCGCCGCGUCCGCCGGAGGAGAAGCUAACUAGCUAGCUCCGCCUCGGAAGAAACACAGAAUUAGCUAGCUACAUGGGCUAAUAUCGGCCAGCAGUUAGCUAGCGCGACACAUUAAUUCGUGUUUCUCCUCUGCCAUGUGACCACUCUACACAGCGCUGCUUUUAUUUUUUUUCCACCCGGAUACCCUAAACUUGGAUAUCCAACUGGGAACAUUUCCACUUGUUUCGUGUGACUUGGGAAGGUCGAGACCUCGCCGGGAAUAACUUUGGCCUGAAAGUUUGUGGAGCCCACAGAUCUGAAAGGAAACAUCUCAGCCGCUACAAAAAAAGACAAAUAUAGACGUCGAGACUGCGUCGAUGAAAACGACGUUGGAUUUACGUCUGCUGUAGACUUCGGCGACAGCCCCAGCUUCCUCGGCAGUAGUUAGCAACCCUACUUAGCAUUUUAGCAGCCUAAUUGAACCUUGUCUUGUGCAGUGCUACCGUUGCCCAACUUUUCUUCAAGCUAGCCCAAGUAGCUAGCUGCCGAAAACGUCACAGCAUCAGGUUGUUGGCUCGCUAGCCACCGUCGACGCUGUCAAAUGCUAAGUGGAAACUGAAUGUUUUCACACCGGGGCCGAAGCUGAAACGAAGACAUUUGCUCUCCCUUUUCCCCGUUUUGUGCUUGUUGACAAACAUGGGACGUGCGGUUGCUGCUAGCUAGUUUCUAGCUAGUUGGCUAACUCGGCUAGCCGCUGAUGUGGGCUCCAACUUGUUGAUUCACGGGUGAUUUGUCGUGCUGCUAGCUGGCUAGCACUGGACAUCUUUUGGGAAUUUACCUCCACCACCAGCUACCCACAUUUUAAAUGCACAAUAGACACUGAGGAAUCGUUCUUGUGUCACUGGUCCUUUCCCCCUUUUUUGGCAACCCCCAAGUUUCAAAAAUGUCAACAAGGGCCCCACUGGUGCAAGUGAUUGAAAAUUCAACCGGGCAGGAGACCAAGCCGACAUCUGGCCGCACCAGCAUGCCGCGAUGUCGGAACUCCGUCGCCACAACCACAUCAGAUGACCAGCCGCACAUCGGUAACUAUCGGUUACUGAAAACCAUCGGCAAAGGCAACUUUGCCAAGGUCAAGCUGGCGCGACACGUCCUCACCGGAAAAGAGGUGGCUGUAAAGAUCAUUGAUAAGACACAGCUCAACUCCUCCAGUUUGCAGAAGCUCUUCCGGGAGGUGAGGAUCAUGAAGAUGUUGAAUCACCCCAACAUAGUCAAGCUCUUUGAGGUCAUCGAGACAGAGAAGACACUGUACCUGGUAAUGGAGUAUGCUAGUGGAGGAGAAGUCUUUGAUUACUUGGUGGCCCACGGCAGGAUGAAGGAGAAAGAAGCCCGUGCCAAAUUCAGACAGAUUGUGUCAGCAGUGCAGUAUUGCCAUCAGAAGUGUAUAGUACACAGAGACCUCAAGGCGGAGAACCUGCUGCUGGACGCAGACAUGAACAUCAAGAUAGCGGACUUUGGCUUCAGUAAUGAGUUUACUCUGGGGAACAAGUUGGACACAUUCUGCGGCUCCCCGCCCUACGCUGCCCCGGAGCUCUUCCAGGGCAAGAAAUAUGACGGGCCAGAGGUGGACGUCUGGAGCCUGGGGGUCAUCCUCUACACACUGGUCAGCGGAUCGCUGCCCUUUGAUGGCCAGAACCUCAAGGAAUUGAGAGAGCGUGUCCUGCGGGGCAAAUACAGGAUUCCCUUCUACAUGUCGACUGACUGCGAAAACUUACUUAAGAAGUUCCUCAUCCUCAACCCGUCGAAACGAGGCAGCCUCGAGCAAAUAAUGAGGGACCGAUGGAUGAAUGUUGGUCACGAGGAGGAAGAACUCAAACCCUUUAUUGAGCCCCAGCCAGAUUAUAAGGACCCCAGGAGGACAGGUAGGCACAGAGACACACAGAAAAAAGAGAUCAUGCUGCAAAUGGGAUUCUCUCAAGAGGAGAUCCAGGACUCGCUGUUGAACCAGAAGUAUAAUGAUGUAAUGGCUACAUACCUGCUACUGGAUUAUAGGAACUCUGAGCUGGAUGAAAGUGGCAUCAAGCCUCGACCAGGAAGUGAUGUAAGAAACAUUAACGACCCCUCCCCACCUCAGAAGGUACAACGCAGUGUGUCAUCCAACCAGAAGCCUCAGAACCGCAGAACCACUGAACAGGGCUCCACCUACUCUAAGAGGGGGGGUCAAGCAGACAACCGGACUGCAACUGAGGAUUCUGGGAGGAAGGGUUCGUCGGGCAGCUCCACUACCAAGGUGCCGGCCAGCCCGCUCGUCUCCACUGACCGCAAGAAGAGCGCCACGCCCUCCACCAAUAGCAUCCUGUCCACCGGUACCAGUCGCAGUCGGAACUCUCCUCUGACAGAGCGAGCCACGCUGAGCCAGGGUAUCCAGAACGGCAAGGACAGCCUAAACACUCCGGGCUCCCGCGCCUCCACUGCCUCAGCCGCUGCCGUCCUAUCCUCCUCCUCCUCGCGUCCCCGCCACGGCAAGUCCUUGUCCUCCUCCAAUCAUCCAUGCCCCUCUGACACGCAUGCACCACGGCCCAGUGCUCCAGCCCAGCGGGCGCCCGGUGCCUCCCCGUCUGCCCACAACAUCAGCAGCGCUGCUGUGUCGGACCGCACCAACUUCUCCAGGGGAGUGGGCAUCCGCAGCACGUUCCACGCUGGCCAGCAGCGGGGUGCCCGGGACCAGCAGGGCUCCGCCUACCCAGGCGGGCCCGCAUCCCCGUCGCUGUCACACGGCAACAGCCAGGCAAGGCGGCAACAUGGUGCCACUGGGAUUUUCAGCAAGUUCACAUCCAAGUUUGUACGCAGAAAUCUCUCGUUCAGGUUUCCGAGAAGGAGCCCGUAUGAGGGAGAGGGUCGGGAUGAGGGGAGCAGGUCCAUGCUGAGCAGCACGGUGGACAAGUCGGAAAAGACGUCCGGUGGCGUCCUCUCCACCUCCACCAACAACGACGAGAACAACUCCUCGCCAGGAUCUGGGAACACUGGUGGCACCGGCACCCCUCCGGCCAUCGGCCUCCAGAAGGACCCGGCCAAGCCCCGGGCGCUGCGCUUCACCUGGUCCAUGAAGACCACGUCCUCCAUGGAGCCCAUGGAGAUGAUGCGCGAGAUCCGCAAGGUGCUGGACUCCAACAGCUGCGAGUACGAGCUGCGCGAGCGCUACAUGCUGCUGUGCGUCUCGGGCAACCCGGCCCGCGACGACUUCGUCCAGUGGGAGAUGGAGGUGUGCAAGCUGCCGCGGCUCUCCCUCAACGGCGUGCGCUUCAAGCGGAUCUCGGGCACGUCCAUCGCCUUCAAGAACAUUGCCUCGAAGAUCGCCAACGAGCUCAAACUGUGAGCGCGGCGGAGCAGCGAGGGGAGAUUAGCGGGUGGAGGUGGGAGGGCGCAGGAAUGGCGAGGAUGAAGGUGGUGCUGUAGGUGCGUGGGGGGGGGCGGCGCUGCGGAAAUCAGGGCGUAAGCUAAAGGGUGGGAUCACUUUAAAAACAACACGAUUGUCAUGGAGACAGGUCUGACGUAGGGCUAUGGGUUCUCUGAGACUAGAAAACAGAUUUUUGUUUCUAGAAGUUUUGUUCCUCACGUUCUCACGGCCCUGCGACCAGGAACUCUGAGCUGAUGACCUCCGAGUUGUGAAGUACUUACAGACCGAGGUCUUCUCUCUCCCUGCUGUUUUCUUUUUGUUUUUGUUUUGUUAAGUUUUGGUCACGUUCUACUUAGACGUUCCACUCUUCUUCUGCAUGUUCGAUCUGCUCUGUUUUUUUCAAGGAGUCACACUUAGACGGCUCCUGUCACUUCUUCCUGCUAUUUAUUCCGUUUCUCUGCACGGUCCUGCUGGGUUGCCGGGGGGGGGACGGGGACGGGUUGGAGGACAGACGGAGACGAGCGGAGGAACGCUGAGGGAAACCUCUCUACUCUCUCUCUGGAUCUCGCAGUGAUCAACGGAAAGUUCGGAGCCUUGUUAUGCUGGAAAACUCAAAAAGGAGUUUCUGAUUGAAUUUGUGGUGAUGUCGUCCAAAACCGAACAGACUCCAACUGAGCCAGGACUGAAGCCCACUAGCACACACACACACACACACACACACACA